AUGGAGUCGGUAAAUUUCGGCAUGACGGAUUCUGGCGUUGCAGGUUUCGGCAUGGUAGACUUUGACAUGUCAAGCAUUCCUAUGUUCGCUGAUAAAAACGCGCCGGACGCGUUUCAGUGGUUUGAUGAGAGCCUGACGAAUGAUGUCUUGCCAUCGAUUUCCCAACCGGAACCCGCCGCUUCGCCUUUCCAAGCCGAUCUCGAUAUCAUGGACAAUCUGUCAGUACCUUCGGAUCAGAAGAAAUGGAUGUUCGAUGUCAUCUUCAACGAUGUCAUACCGUACCGAUAUCAUGACCAUUUCCGACUCUUUCCGAGUAUCGAUUUCUAUCACACCCUCUUCUACAACCGAAGCAAUCGCGAUGAAAUCUGGGGUUUUGUUGCACGAUUUCACGAUUGGAUCUCUAGCGUCGCUGCGUCUUCCUCCGAUGACGCUGAUAAGGCGAUCGAGUCACUUGAGCUUCGCGCACUCUUUCACGGAUGGCCGGGAGAGUCAGAGCAUAACACUAGUUCUGCAAUAAGGCUCCUGGAUGAGGCUUCCAUGGAGAAGCAGCAGGCAACCCAGGCUUCCCAAAUGCCCUCAGCGGUUUCAACGCCAAGCGACAUGCUGCUGAACAGAAAGAGAUCUGUAUCCCAGAUGUCGGACUGGACAGAAAACCAGCAUCCCAUACUGAAGACCCAACUCGAGGUCGCACCGACAUUUCAAUACCGCGGAAUCAUUCAAAAUAUGGAGCGUUUCAAAGAGCUCGAUGAUGCAUAUGAUAGGCAUCUGAGGCGUGCGGCUGGCGCAGCUCCAGAGGACGACCCUUCAUGGCCAGCUUCUCCAGCAAAGCAACAGGCGUACGUCCGGAAGCUGUUUGAGAGCGCAACCGACUUGAGCGACUUCUUCGAACUGAGGAAAGCUCGUGAGCGAUUGAACAACAUUCGGAACAUUCAACAAGGCGAUUCAGUACAAGAGGCCGAAGCAAACCCAAGAAAGAGACGCCGGGCUCUCAAUGGUCAACCCGCUGGUCAAGGCCUUGCAGCUAGACCCAAGGGAAUGAGCAAAUCGGACUGGGCACUUCUAGAUGCCAAAAAUACUCCUGUGGAUCUUUUGGAGGCUGUGGUUCAUCACCGCAUCUCCAGUAUUGAAGUUGAAAUACUGUGCUGGAAGUUGUUGUGCUGCGCCAUGGAGCAGCAACAAGGCUUCACAAUGCGUCCUCUGUGGUCUGGAACCAGAACUGUGUCAACGUGGGAACAUUUUGACACCUUUUCUGAGAGGUGGCAGGCUAUAUGCGACAACAUUCAAGACUGCAAGAUGAUCAUUCACUCGCUCACCCGCGCAGACUGGUUCUGCAAGUAUGCGGGUGCACCAUCCAAAGAACGAGGGGCAAAACUGAGCAAUGACUUGCUCAACGGCCGUCGGGACAUACAGAACCAGGUCGGCCGUGAUAUUAUCAAAGAGAGAACUUCUCAACAGGAGUGGGUAGCCUCUGAAAGCUUCGAGAUCCGUGACAGACAUGGCGACUUGAUAUCCAAGGGAGGGCAUUUGGGAGACAUAAAGAGGCGACAACUCGCUGUCCGAGACAAGGGGAAAUGUAACAGAAGCAGUUGA